ACUCCCUCCCAUAUUUUGUCCUUUAAAGAUUCACAAUUCUUCUCCAUAUACCCAUAACCCAUAAGAAUAAAAAUCAAAAUCUCUCUUUUUUCUUUCCUUUUGUCUUUGUUUCUUGAGUACUUAUUAUUGUUAUUAUUAUUGGGUUGUGAUUAUAUGGAGAUGAUAUCUUGCCUUUUGUCCUGACAAGAAGCAAGAGGUCCCUUUUGUGUCAGAAGAAAAUCUCCAACUUCAAAUCUCCCAAGCUCAUUUGUCCCUCUUCAAUUAUUCAUACCCAUAAAGUGACUUAUGUCAGAGAGUUAGUUAGUACUAGGAUUCAACACAGGAUAAAAAUUCACAUACUCAAACCCUAUCUUGUUUUCUUUCUCUUCUUCUAGCCAUGACUUCAAUCUACCAAAUUAACUCUGCUACAAGAAUCAGGUUUGCUCGUAGAUUUCUCAUUUCCCUUUCCAGGAUGAGAAGAGCUAGUACACUUGGUCCUCCUUCUGACGAGGAAAUUCGCACAAGAACGCGUAGGAUAAGGAUUGUUUCUUAUUCUUCGAUGGCUUUUGCUGUUGGGUCCAGCAGGGCUUGGAGCCGAGCACUUGUUUUGAAGAUAAGAAAUCGAGCGAGGUUCCGUGGAAUUUUGAGAAAUAAAUGCUUGGCUUCCAAGAAAAAAAGGGUUAUCAAAAGACAUAAGGUUUCAAGAGAGAUGAGCAAGACUGAUAUGCUUCGAAGGCUGGUUCCUGGAGGGGCAGGUAUGGGUAUUUGUGGGUUGUUAGAGGAAACUGCACAUUAUAUGACAUGCCUUGCCACUCAGGUUAAGGUGAUGCAAAGUAUAGCAGAUCACUACUCCAAAUGAUCAUGUAUUGGAAAUUAAAGGAAAGAAUUGAAACAAAGAAUAAUAUAUAAUUAAAACAAGCUGUGUACGUACGUAUAGAGACAACGAAAAGAAUCAAGAAUUGGAGUGGAAAUUAACUGGUGAGUAUAUAUCUAUAUAUCUACAAGAAAACUUCAAUAGGUUUGGUAUACUUGUGUAGAUCAAUCAACAGUGUGAGGAAACUGAUACAAAAUGAGUUUUUUCUUGUAUGAGUUUUCGUUUUCUUGUACAUAGAUAUAUAAACUCUGACAGAUCUAAUCUUA